AUGGUGGAUUUCGCUGAGGCCAUUGAGGAUUGCAGACUAAUGGACCCAGGCUAUGAUGGGGCUGAAUUCACCUGGGCAAAGAACGGCCUCAUGGAAAGGCUGGAUAGGGUGUUGAUUAGUGAGAUGACGCCCCAAUUGUUUGAUGCAAUAAGAGUCACUAACCUACCCCGUAUUGCUUCGGACCACGGGCCUCUCCUCGUCAGAUGCAGGCUACCUAAUGCCCACGGGGGUGGUAGAGCCUUCCGGUUCCAAAACAUGUGGGUCCGGCAUGAGGGUUUUGGUGAGUUGGUGCAAGAAGAUUGGAUGGCUCCCACGGAGGUGUGGGCCUCCUCAAUUUGA